AUGUGGCGGUCGUUCCUGAAGCUGCACACGGAAUCGGAAAGCGAAGAAGAAAAAAAGCUCGUCGUGCAAGAGCAAGUGCCGUUCCCAGUGAAACAGCUGACGCCGAAGAAGCUGUGGGAGGAAAAGAAGAAGGAAAAGAUGGCGGACGGUGAGAUCAAGGCACUGUCCAAAAAGCGGAGCAUGGUGAAGGGAAAACUCACGCGAGUUUUGCAUGCCGUGCAGCCGAGUGCGCAGCCCGGUGCCCUACCGGGUGCCCAACCACGUGAGGCCGACGUGUCCCCGCCGCAGCUACGAGUCCACCAGCGCAACGUGGAAAAGUUCUAUGGUGAGUUUUGCGAGACCCAUGAUAAAAUUUUGGACUUGGUGGAGGAAGACGAGGGAAUCAAGCAGCAGGAAGCAAAGUGGCUGGAGUUUGAGCAACUCUACAAUCGAACGCUGGUCGUGUUGGAAACGAUGCUGACCGUGCAUGACAGACCCACCAUGUCUACUCAGGCUAUGCUUCCGGCUGCCCAAGCCGCCCAGCAAGUCAUCAUCCACCAGCAAGCGUUGCGUGCCCCACUCCCAACGUUCGACGGACGUUACGAGAACUGGGCAAAGUUCAAGGCCAUGUUCCAGGACUUGAUGCGCAAUUCGUCCGACUCCGAUGCCGUCAAGCUGUACCACCUGGACAAGGCUCUCGUAGGUGAAGCGGAAGGGAAGAUCGACCUACGAACCAUUCAGGACAACAACUACCAGGGAGCGUGGAAGGAACUGGAAGAGCAGUACGAGAACACGCGGCUUGUCAUCGAUCUCCACAUCCAAGGCAUCUUGCAGCUGAAGAAGAUGGACAAGCGGUCAUCGAAGGAGUUGCGAGAUGUCGUUGAGCGGUGUUCCAGACACGUCGAAGGUCUACGCUUCCACAAGCAAGAGCUGUUGGGAGUGUCGGAGCUCAUCGUGGUCAACAUCCUCGCAGCUGCCCUGGACCGCGAGACACGAGAGCUCUGGGAAGCGACGAUUGAGAAGGGUGAGCUACCGACAUAUCAAGCGACCGUUGACUUCUUGAGGAAGCGAUGCCACAUUCUCGAGCGAUGCGAGCUGUCCGACCCAGAGGCAUCUGCUGUCAAGCCGACAGUCUCUAAGAUGCCAUCUGCCACGAAACCUUCGGUGAAUGUGUUCGCUGCGGCCACGACCACAAGCGAGGUGGUGUGCGAGCUCUGCGGUGGCAACCAUCCGAAUUACAAGUGCAGUGCCUUCUGUAGCAUGUCAGUCCCACAGAGGCUGGAGAAGGUGAGAGAGGCACGAGCCUGCUACAACUGCCUGAGAACCGGCCAUCUGGUCAGGAAGUGUCCCUCCGAGAGGACGUGUAAGUGUGGAGCGAGGCAUCACAACCUACUCCACAAGGACUCACCGAAAGAACAAGCAUCACCGAAGUCUGAGGCUGCGUUCAAGCCUCCACCAGCCACUGAACAAGCGGCCAAUGGUUCCAGCAACGAGAACGCCGACGCCAGCGAGGAGCAGACGACGUCGUGCUGUAACAGCGGGCUGCUGCAAACCUCUCGACCUGUGCUGUUGCAGACAGCAGUCAUUAACGUGGUGGACAAGCACGGUCGACUGCACCCGUGUCGCGCACUCCUGGACUCCGGAUCGCAAGCCCACAUCCUGUCAGCGGCGAUGGCACGUAAGCUCGAGCUUCCGCUGACAAAGUGCAACGUGACGGUGAUUGGAGCGAAUGCCGUGAAAACACCAGCGAGGAGAAGUGUCAGCCUGAACUUUUCUUCGAGGUACGUCGAUUUCCGUGAUACCAUUUCCUGUCUCAUCUCGGAGAAGCCAACGGGAAUCAUUCCGUCCGAGAGGAUCGACACGUCCGGAUGGAAAAUUCCCAACAGACUGCCGCUUGCAGAUCCACAGUUCUUCGAAUCCAACGACAUCGACCUAGUGAUGGCGUCCAACUACAUGUGGGAUUUGCUGCGGUCGGACAAGGUGAAGCUGCGCAACGGCACUGUAACGCUCCGAGAGACAGAUCUGGGUUGGAUUGUCACGGGUACCUACGAUCCGUGCGACAAGGUGAGUCACUCUAUUCUCCAUUCAACUGUUGUGCGCCUGGAUACCCUGAAGGAGACUGUAGUAGAAUCAACGCUCCUCUCCGCCAAGAACGAAAAAGUCGAUCGUCAAGUACAGACAACUCACCGCCGUAACCAGAACGAUCGCUGCGUUCUUCAAAUUCCGAGUCCGAUCCCGGAUACCCGAAUUCCUCCGCGCUUUGCUGUUGAGCCAGGCGCUACUCGCUACCAGGAUACGCUUUUCGUCCUGCCGUCGGAGGGCCCUGCACCGAACCUCGAGCAGAAAUUGAGUGCAGUCGCGUACCAACCAGCUCGCCCACAGAUACUCGACAGCGAUUGCCGAUUGAGAGCCGGUGAUCGUAUCCAAGAACCAAACCUAACAGAUAACGACCAAUCCCGACCAACUACCUGUACAACCUUCCAAGUAGCACCACAAUGUCGCCAAAUUCUACCCAGAAUCGGAGCAUCCAGUCCAGAUCGUCGGCCAGAAGAAGCUUCAAGGCUUAAACGAGUUUCAGCUACGCAGCGGGCGGGAGAAUGUCCGCCAUCGCGUCCGUUUGGCCUCAUUCCCAAGAGGUACCAGGUGAGUACCUCUCCAAUCAAAUCACCCCCCAUUUGCGGUACUUCCUGGGUCUUUACCCGUUCCAGCCUCGUCCAUUCGUCCACGUGUGCCGCCCCGGAAGUGGCCGUGAUGUCGGCGGCGGAAAAGAAGAUCCGCCAAUGUGAGACGCGGCUGAAGGUGGUGAACGAGUCGCUGGCGCGUGUGAACCAGUUCUUGGACAGCUACGCGGAAGAGAAGCAGAGUGAAGUUCCCCUCCGGUUGGGCAGACUGGAGAAAACGCUCGAGACGUUCGAGUCGCUGAUGGCGCAGUACGAGCAGUUGGACGACACCGACGCUUUCGAGAAGGGCUGCCUGCAGCAGCGUGCGUCCGUGGAGGAGAUGUACUUCAAGUGCAAAGCCCGCUUGCUCGAGAAGUUGCCCCCUGAGGAAUCAAGACCCCCCGCGCCCAUCUCUGAAACGAGUCGCCCUGCGCUGCUGUCUAGCCUGUCGAACGUGAAGCUCCCGACAAUUACGCUCCCGGAGUUCGACGGCGACUACAGCAAGUGGCUCACGUUCCACGACACGUUCCUCUCCCUGAUCCACUCGUCGAGUGAGAUCUCGUGCGUGCAGAAGUUCCACUACCUCCGGUCGUCACUUUUUGGAGAAGCUGCUGGCAAGAUCGCGAAUUUGGAAAUCUCCGCGCAGGGCUACGCCAUCGCUUGGGAGACCCUCACCAAGUACUACAACGACAAGAAUCUCCUGCGGAAGAAGCACAUCCGUACACUGUUGAAGUACCCCAAGAUCCCCAACGACUCCGUCGAAGCGCUGCACCGGAUUGUCGACGAUUUCCAGUGCCACACGCAGACCUUAAAGCAGCUUGGGGAACCGAUCGAGCAGAUGAGCUCGAUUCUGAUCGAGCUGCUGGAGGACAAGUUGGACGACGCUUCGCUGAGUGCGUGGGAGGAAUCGAUCGGCCAGAAGGAGGAGCAGUCAACUUUCAGCGCGAUGAUCGAGUUCCUGCAGAGGCGCGCACGCGUGCGCGAGACGAUCCAGAUCAACCGCCCGCAGCAGGUCGCGCCGAAGUCCGGAAGCCACAAUCCCGCGCCCAAGAAGCCGUUCCAAACCCGCGUCAACUCGAACGCCGCAGUAGAAACCCCGCCCAAGACCUUCCCGCUGUGCCCCGCCUGCGACAAACAAAAGCACUCGAUCAUGGACUGCGCUGCGUUCAACAGCAUGAACGUUUCGGAGCGCAUGAGGGUGGUCACGGACAAGAGGCUCUGCAGUAACUGCUUCCGAAGCGACCACUUUGCCCGGAACUGUCGCUCGAAGUACCACUGCAAGCACUGCAACAAGCGCCACCACUCGAUGAUCCAUCCCGGCCCCGGAUUGCAGGACACGAACCCCAUCGUAGCCACCCCCGCUAUGAACCCCGCUCCCGUGAACGCCGCUACGAAGUCGAGCAGCGCCAGCGUGCUGCUGUCGACGGUGGUGCUCGUCGUUUUGGACAGCUACGGCAAAGAACACCUCGCUCGUGCCCUGCUGGAUACCGGAUCUCAACCCAACGUGAUGAGUGAACACCUGUGCCAGCAACUCCAUCUGUUCCGCAAGGUUGCCAACGUCCCCAUCUCUGGUGUUGACAGCACGAUCACGAACGCCAAGCACAAGGUCAGCACCGAGGUCAGAUCCCGUGUCAGCCGUUUCGCGGAGACUCUUGACUUCCUCGUGCUGCGCAAGGUGACCUGUGAGACCCCGCCCGUUACCAUCCCGAUCGCCCAGUGGAAGAUUCCGGAGCAUCUAGCACUUGCCGACCCGGAGUUCAACGUGUCCCGCAAGGUCGACAUGAUCAUCGGAGCUGCUCACUUCUACUCGUUCCUGCUUGAAGGCCGGAUCCGUCUGGCUGGCCCCGUCCCCCUGCUUGUCGAGUCCGUGUUUGGAUGGAUUGCGACGGGCUCAGUUGAGGUCAGCAACGAAGCGGAGCAGCAACCUACGGUGGCUUGUCAUGUGGCGACAGUCGAAUCCGUGGACAAGAUGCUGGAGCGAUUCUGGGCUCUCGAAGAGGUCGGCAGUUCCAACUACUCGGUCGACGAGCACAAGUGCGAAGCCUACUUCAAGGAGACGGUUGCGCGCGACGAGAGCGGACGGUACGUGGUCAAGCUGCCGAAACACCCCGACUUCCAGCAGAUGAUCGGCGCGUCGAAGACGAACGCUGUCCGCAGAUUCCGGUGGCUGGAGCAGAAGCUGGAGAAACAACCCGAACUCAAGCCGCAGUACCACGAGUUCAUGCAGGAGUACCUGACCUUGGGCCACAUGCACGCUGUUCCCGACGACGCCGAAGACGAAAGUUCCCGAGCGUGCUAUUUGCCCCACCAUCCCGUGAUCAAGGAACAGAGCUCGACGACUAAAGUGCGCGUUGUGUUCGACGGUUCCGCCAAGACCAGCGCGGGACACUCCCUCAACGAUGCGCUUCUAGUCGGACCCGUGGUGCAGGACGAGCUCCUGGACACUGUGCUGCGCUUCCGGAAGUUCCCCAUCGCCCUAGUAGCCGACAUCGAGAAAAUGUACCGCCAGGUGGCGGUGCACCCUGAAGACCGUCCGUACCAGCGGAUCGUUUGGAGGUUCGAUCCGGAGCAACCCAUCACCACGUACGAGCUGGCCACGGUGACGUACGGUUUGGCACCAUCGUCCUUCUUGGCCACGAGAACUUUGCUUCAGCUGGCUGACGACGAAGGCGCGCAGUUCCCCCAGGCCAGCGCGGCCAUCAAGAAGCACAUGUACGUGGACGACUUCAUCGGCGGAGCGUACACCGUAGACGACGCGAUACUGCUGCGCUCCGAUCUCUGCAAGCUGCUGCUGAAGGGAGGAUUCCAGCUGCGUAAGUGGUGCUCCAACUCGCUCGCCGUCCUGGCGGACAUUCCCAGCGAGCUCCUUGGAACGCAGUCGUCGUUGCAGUUCGACCCCGAAGAAACGAUCAAAACCCUUGGCAUCAGCUGGGAGCCCGAAGCUGACGUGUUCCGGUUCGUUGUCUCGGUCGUCUGGGAUCUGUCCCCAACCAAGCGCAACAUCCUCUCCGUAAUCGCCCAGUUGUACGACCCCCUUGGUCUGAUCGCUCCCGUGGUCGUGCUCGCCAAAAUCAUCCUGCAGGAGCUGUGGUACUUGGCUCUGGAGUGGGAUGCAUUGGUUCCCCCGGAGUUGCGCACGAGAUGGUUCGACUUUUGCGAAGGGCUUUCGCACCUGACCAACUUCCGCAUCGACCGCUACGCCUUCGCCCGCAAAUGCUGCUACGCCGAGCUCCAUUUCUUCUCGGAUGCGUCCGAGGUGGCAUACGGAGCAGUCGCCUACGUGCGCUCGGAGUCGCCGGACGGCAAGAUCAAGGUGAGCUUGCUGACAUCGAAGUCGAAGGUGGCCCCCCUCAAGAAGCGAAGCAUACCUCGUCUGGAACUUUGCGCAUUCUUUCUCGCCGCGCAAAUGUACGUGAGAGUCGUCGAAGCCCUGGACGUGAAGUUUCAAGACGUGUACUUCUGGACCGACUCGGAGGUGGUUCUGCAGUGGCUGAAGUCGGCGCCCCGAAGGUGGAAACCCUUCGUCGCGAAUCGCAUCUCGGAGAUCCAGAUCAUCACCCACGGCGCAAAGUGCCUGCACGUCGCCGGCAUGGAGAACCCUGCGGAUCUGGUGUCCCGCGGAAUGCCGGCGGAGAAGCUCGUCAACAGCCCCAAGUGGAAGUUCGGAGCGUCCUGGUUGGGCAAGCACAAACCGCUGUGGCCCUCGCAGCGCGACCUCAAAGGUGCGCUCCCCAUCGAAGAGCAGAAGGAGAAACCCAUUCUGGUUGUACAAACCACCCCGCCCAACCAUGUCUUCACCAUUUUCUUCUCGUACCAACGCCUGCUGAACGCAGUAGGCCUCGCUUUGCGUUUCGGAAACAAUGUCCGCAAGUCUGGUAAGCGGAACACGGACCGAGUUCUGUCGGUCGUCGAGCUCGAAGCCGCUAAGGUCGCGCUCGUCAAAAUCGUCCAAGCCGAGACGUUCCCGGAGGAUCUCAAGCUAUUGCGGAAAGGCCGACCUGUCGCACCAAAGUCUUCUCUGCGCCUGCUCAACCCAUUCUUGGAUCAAGCUGGUGUGAUACGCGUUGGUGGCCGGUUGUGCUUGUCCGACGAGCCGUACGCAGUGAAGCACCCGAUGGUCGUCCCUGGCUUCCACCCGUUCACGCGACUGAUGCUGACCUACUACCACUUGAAGGUGAUCCACGGUGGCAUCACGGUGACGCUCGCCAGCGUCCGAGACGAGUUCUGGCCGUUGAACGGCCGCCGCGCGGUGCGCAACGCGAUACGCCGCUGCUUCAGAUGUUGCCGAGCGAACCCCCAACCCAUCCAGCAGCCGAUCGGUCAGCUGCCCGUCGCCAGAGUCACCGCCAACGAAGCGUUCACCUGCACCGGCGUCGAUUUCUGCGGGCCGCUGUAUUUGAAACCAACGCACCGCCGCGCCGCAUCCCGCAAGUGCUAUGUCGCGGUCUUCAUCUGCCUGAGCACUAAGGCCGUCCACCUGGAGCUGGUCAACGAUCUGUCCACUGCAGCGUUCCUGAUGGCCCUGACCCGGUUCACCUGGAGAAGAAACAAUCCGAGUCACAUCUACUCCGAUAACGGAACUAAUUUCAUCGGAGCCAAGAACGUCCUUCACCAGCUGUACCAGAUGCUGCAGCCCGGACCCGAAAGCGACAAGAUCGCCAAGCACCUGGCGGACGACGGCAUCCAGUGGCACCUGAUCCCCCCGCGCGCUCCCAACUUCGGCGGUCUCUGGGAGGCUGCUGUUAAGGUGGCCAAAAAGCAUCUCGUUCGGCAGCUCGGAAACUCACUGCUGUCCUUCGAGGAGUUGACCACGGUGCUCACUGCGAUCGAAGGCUGUAUGAACUCGCGCCCCCUAACCCGGCUGUCGGAGGAUCCCAACGAUCUGUCCGCGCUCACCCCGGCCCACUUCCUGGUGAAGAACAUGAUCCGCCCGCUUCCCGAGCCGGACGUGCGCGACGUCCCUCUGAACCGACUGACCCAGUAUCAGCGCAUCCAGGCCUACUCCCAGCGAUUUUGGCACCGCUGGCGGAACGAGUACUUGAAGGAGCUCCAAACGCAGUACAGCAGCAACCCCCGUCGUUACAACCUGGACGUCGGCUCCGUGGUGAUCAUCAAGGACGAGCUGCUUCCACCCGCCCGCUGGCCGCUGGCCCGCGUCCUGGAAGUGCACCCUGGACCUGAUGGCGUCACUCGUGUGGCCACGCUGCGAACCGCCGGAGGAAUCCUGAAGCGAGCUGUCUCGAAGAUCUGCCCCCUGGAGUGCGCCGACGAAGACGAAGAAGACAAGUGAUGUGUUUACUUUUGGAUUGUAUUUUUGAUUACCUUUUAGUUUAUUUUGAAAAUGUAUUUUCAAGGUGGCCGGUGUUAUGUUGGGUAUCAAAAUUGAACUAUC